UACAGGUAUGAAAUGUAUAUACCAUUUCCAAAAUGGCUGUAGAAUUAGCAAAUAGAAAGAUUGACAGUGGCAUAGAUCUUCUCCAGAGAAUUUCCAAGUUAAAUGACAGAUCGAUUAACGGAGCAUCAAAACUGAGGCGACGCGUCCAGGCAGAAAUAAAGUGUCUGACGAAGAAACUUGAAGAUAGGAGUGAACUAAAGGAAGAACAUAUACAAUGUUCGAACUUGGGCCAGCUAGAAGCACUUGCUGAUGUUGCUACAGAGGUUGCUGAUGUAACUGGAGUACUUACAACUUUCUCUUUUGGAGGAGUUGAAAAAAUUGUGGUAGAUGUUGUGGCAGAUGAGGGAAGGAAAUGGAUAAAGGUUAGUCAAAGGAACACGCAUUCCGGAUGAUGAAUUAGGGCUCCCCGAUUACUCUGUGCCAGACACAGACACAGACACAGAUUCUGAAGACUGUAGUACUGAAGACUACAGUGAGGAAAGUGAGGAUGACUCCUGCAGUGAUAUAAACUUUUCUGACAGUAGAACCAUUGAGAACUCAUUAGACUUGAAAGAAUGCUCAUCACCUACACGGAACAUUAGCAAGGGUAGUGAUGAGUCCUCGGCUUCAUACGACGCCAACUGCCAUUGUGAAAAUAACAGUAUCAGAAGAAGUAAUAAAGAAGUUGAGAUUGUCAACUUAGAUGUGACAGCUAUGAUAGCCUAUGUGUCGGCCACAUCAAAUGGACAUGCAAACUUACGGUUUCAAGACAAAUUUCUAAGUGAGCAAGCUGAGUGGGAAAGGAAGAAUCCAGUUAAGGAAGUCCUCAAUACAUAUUUUGAAGGACGAGAAAUGAUGGCAUGCCAAGAAGCCGUCGACCAUUUUACGGAAAUUGUCCGGAUAAUAGGGGGUGAAGGAGAGAAGAUUCGCGCUAAAGAACUGGUGUCUCGCCUCACUAUCGUUCCUGGACAAGAUACAUUUCAAGAAAAAGUGAAGCUUGGGGGGAAAGUGCGACUCCUCUCGAGAAUAAUCUUCGGCACGAGUGAGGCCCACAGAGCAGUGACUGUAACAUCUAACAGACACUUCGUUAGAUCAGUCGAGAAUCAGGGCAUCCGUCCAGCUGUGUUCUUCCAUGAGCCUCGUGCAUUGACAGAACAGAAACAAAAUACUGCUGUUCCUCUAUAACAUUAGAUAUUAUCUUAAUGUUAUUGCAAUUAUGUUUUUAUUAAAUCUCUAUAAAUUUAAA